AUGUCGGUGCAGACUCUUAUGCUGAGCGUGCGGAUAUUGAUGACCGAGUUUCCUCGGCUUGUCUCUCGUGUUGAAAGCGGCUGGAAGGGCGUUCGUCGAUCAUUGCGCCCGAAAUCCCGACUCGGUGGGCAAGGUUUUGCAGGAAGUCUUGGCAUCAAGGCGGACACAAUCACGAAGAACAAGAACAAGCUAAAGGGUGUGUCUCCCGGGUUGAUCUUUGUUCGAGUGGAUUCUGAGUUGAGAAGAUGGGUUGAAUCUGUUCGUAGUGACCCAGUGGUGAGUGGCCAGACAAUCACCGUGUCGAGCGAGGACGCGAUCCCUGCAGCAGAAGAAGCAUGUAAGGAAGCACCCCGAAAAUGGAGAAAUUUUUCUUACCACUGGUCAACCCAAGCUCGUCAUCCUUCAGCUCCGAAGCUCAGUUCACUCGGAGCAUCCAUGGCUGCUGCUCUCGCCCUCGCAGCGCUCCUCCCCUUCCUCCUCUACCUCCUUCUCAAACCCAUCCACUCCUUCCUAUGGCGCCCUUAUCGUCUCCACCUCCACUUCCAAGCCCAACGUGUCCGCGGCCCUCCUCGCCGUCCUCCUUCCGGCAACGCAAGUGACAUCCGUGCGCUGAUCGCCAGUGCACAAUCCUCCCCGAUCCCAUCCUUUCACCAUGACAUCGUCUCCCGGGUUGCGCCACACUACCACGCCUGGUCGGCGGCGUACGGAAGGAUCUUCGUCUUCUGGUUCGGGUCCAGGCCGAGGGCUGGCCAUCGGCGAUCCAGCGUUCUCCGGGCGGUGUUGAUGGAUUCCAGUGGAGAUUUUGAGAAGACGGGGUUCAAUCCGGUGUCUAGGCAGUUGUUCGGUGAGGGUUUGGUGGGGCUGAAGGGACCCAAAUGGGUUCAGCACCGCAGGAUCGUCUCCCCUGCCUUUCAUAUGGAGCGAGUCAAGUGUUGGGUGCCCACAAUUGCAGCUUGCACUUUGAAGAUGCUAGAGAAGUGGGUGAAGAAUGGUGAAAAUAGCUAUGAGUUUGAAGUCGAUGUGCACAAAGACUUUCACAAUUUCACGGCAGAUGUCAUUUCUCAAGUGGCUUUUGGCAGUAGUUAUGAUGAUGGAAAGCAAAUAUUCCAAUGGCAAGAGGAGCUAAUGUUACUUGUUUCUGUUUCGAUAAGAAGCCUGUACAUUCCAGCUCUUAGGUUUGUGCCAACAAAAAGGAACCGCCGACGCUGGAGCUUAAGUAGGAAAAUCAAUGAGUCUUUAGAGAACCUGAUUCAAGUGAGAGGUAGGGAAUGUGAGAAUUCUCAGAACUUACUUGGCCUAAUGCUUUCUGCCAAUAAGAAUGAAGGAGAAGAACAGAUUGGGAUCAAAGAAAUCAUAGAUGAGUGCAAGACAUUUUAUUUUGCUGGAAAAGAGACCACAGCCAACCUCUUAACUUGGGUCAUACUGCUUCUUGCCAUGCACCAAGAUUGGCAAUCAAAGACAAGAGAGGAAGUCAUUUGUGUAUGCGGUAGCGAAAACCUUCCAAAUGCAGAGGAUUUGAGUAAACUAAAAUUGUUGGGCAUAGUGCUGAAGGAGACACUCCGGUUAUACCCUCCAGCUGUGGCACUAAACAAAUUAACUUCAAGAAAUGUCAAGCUAGGAAAACUUAAUGUCCCUGCAGGAACGCAAAUAUACAUUCCUACAAUCGCCAUUCAUCGUGAUGCAGACACAUGGGGCGCCGAUGCAAAUGACUUCAAUCCAUCUAGAUUCUCCAAAGCCAAUGCUCAUUAUACAGGACUAUUCUUCCCCUUCGGACAAGGGCCUAUCAUAUGCGUUGGCCAAAACUUAGCGCUUGUCGAGGCCAAAGUUGCAGUAGCAAUGAUUCUGCAGAAAUUCAAGUUCAGUGUGUCGCCUUCUUAUGUUCAUGCUCCAAUGUUACUUCUAACUCUGCAACCUCAGUUUGGUGCCCAGGUCCUUUUUAAAAGGAUCUAAAAUGUCUUGUAAUUUGAAUGUAGUGUAUAUUAUUUACUGACCAAGUUCUUGGAUGGUUUAUUCACCAUUUCUCUCUUGUUUGUUUGAAUCAGAAUUUUUUUUUUUUGUACUCAUGAAUUGAACUUUGAUAGGAAUGAAAUUUCAGGAUUUG